AUGUCGGCCGCCGCGGCGCCGCUCUCCUUACCCCCUACACGAACGCAUGCAAUCAAUGCCUACCUCCAUCAGAAGGAGCAACGGGAAGGCAAACGUGUCGACUUCUUGCGGGUGGAUACGGAGAUGCAAGAGGAGCUGGACAGGACGGUCUGGGGUCGGGCAUUUUCGGGCGGGGUCUCGGGAGCCAUUGCGAUGGGCAUCAACGUGGGUGCAUUCAUGUGGCUCCGCACCAUCAUGUCGUACCAACAAAUGCACGGGACUCCUUUGCCCCAGGUACUUCGGACCUUAUACCGGGAAGGGGGGGUACGACGCUUCUACCAAGGCUUUACCGCAGCCCUUGUGCACGGGCCGGCCAGUCGGUUUGGGGACACGGCGGCCAACGCGGGCGCCCUGGCCUUGCUGGACCGGCACGCAGAGACCAGGAACCUCCCGAUUGUUCUGAAAACGGCGGCGGGAUCGGUGGCCUCCGCGGUCUGGCGGAUCUUCCUCAUGCCUUUGGACACCCUCAUCGUCUGCCAACAGGUUCAGGGAUACCCGGGGUGGUCUGGCCUGUUGCGGAAAUUGAAACGGGUGGGGCCCUCGGUCCUCUUUCAAGGUGCGGGGGCCUCCUUCUCGGCGAAUGUGGUGGGGCAUUUUCCGUGGUUCGCUGUGUAUAAUCUGUGCGAGACCCAUUUGCCCGAGCCAGGAGGGAUGAAAACACGGGUCUUGCGCAAUGCAUUCAUGGGCUUCGCGGCCAGUGUCGCCUCGGACGUGCUUUCCAAUUCCUUGACCGUCAUCAAGGUGUGCAAACAAGCCAGUGUGGAGCUCUUGACGUACCGGCAGACCACAGAACAGAUAUUAGCCGUGGACGGGGUGCGAGGGUUGUUGGGGCGCGGUUUGGGCCUUCGAUUGAUGGCUAAUGGCUUCCAAGGGAUGACCUUUGGGGUGGUCUGGAAAUUUCUGGACGACUGCAUCUUCCGUGGACAGUGUCGGGAAUUGUUGCUGUAA